UAUAUAUAUAACGAGGAGCUAAGAAAUAAGAGAAAAAAACUAAAGGAAAAGAAAAAAAGAGUUAAAAAAAGAGUGAAAGAGAGAAGAUAAAUAACUCCCACAAGGACAUAAUGACAAGCGAGUAGGAGAAAGAAGUAGAAACAUUGAAAAUGAUAUCGAUAAGUGUAAAUAAUAAGAAUAUUAAAAGUAAAGUGAGAAUAAAUCGAGGAAUAAUGACAUCGAAAAGAGGAGAUUUUAAAAAGAUAGGUUGUAAGGGUAUGUGGAAUAUUAUAUAGUCAGGUUGGUCUGUCUGAUCCAGAAUAAAGGAUCUGUAAGAAGAGUGAGCUGAGAGACAACAAUGGGUGCAUUGCAGCGAAUCUUCGAAUCGGCGUUCUUUGUGUUACUCGUACGAUUUCCUUACUAGUGCAAAUGUCGUUGAAGAAGUCCGAACGUGUACUCACUUAGAAUUAUUCAUCUGUCACAAAGAAAGAAAGAUACAGAGAGAGAAAGAGAGAGAAAGAGAAAGGAAAGAAGGAAAAGGAUAAAGAAUAAUCUACGUUCAGAUGAGCACAUAAAACGUUCCAUUUAUUUGUUUGGGAAAUGCGGUGUACUUCGUGUUAAGUUUAUGCUGUGAAUUAUUGGCAGUUGGUCGGUUUUCUAUGGAAGAAAGAAACAUCUUGAUCUAAGGAAAACGAUCAUGGCCAUUUCGCGAAUAUUGCUAAAUAAAUUCUAUCUUGUUUCUAUUUUUUUUUUUCAUGAUAACACAUGUCGAGUUUCGCGUUUUUUAAUUUGCCAAUUUAGUAGACCGUCGAUCGAUCGAUCUUUUCAUUGAAAUGUAAAACAAUUGUUAUGUUGAUACAAAAUUUGCGCGUGAAAAGAAAAUAUGAAUUUGUAUGUGUAUGUGUGUGUGUGUGUGUGAUGAUGAUGAUGAUGAUGAUGAUGAUGAUGAUAGUUAGUGACGACAGUAAGUGACAAAUAAAAUGACGGCUAACUCUUUGUAAAUUCAGUGUUUAUCUAAUUUCACUUCUACCCAAUUAAAUAUUUUGGACAGUAGUGACCUAUCACGUGCUUUAAAAAACGCGUGCCAAAUACAGAGACUUCCAUAGAUGCAUAAUAUUCAUCUGAAAGAUACAUAACAUAAUCCAAACUCCAUUAUGGACGCACUACGUCUAGCUGUACAGACACGGCUAGGGGAGAGGAUGGUCAGCAUGAGCUCCAUGCUUGUAGAAACAGUUAGUAUAAAUUAUGAAGAUUUUAAUGAGAGUUUCUUAACAUGUGGGACAUGUUUAUGUGUUUAUGAUGGUGGAGAACAUACUCCAAAACUAUUACCAUGCUCUCACACAGUAUGUUUACAUUGUUUAACAAGAAUUGCUGCAUCACAAACAAGAGAAACUGGAGCAUUUCGAUGUCCAAUUUGUAGGGAAUUAAUAACUAUCCCUCGUGGAGGAGUUCCUGCGUUACCCCCUAGUUUUCUCGUCAAUCAACUUCUUGACCUCAUGUCGAGACAAAGACGAGAGGUUAUCCCAAAGUGUUCAGUACAUAUAAAUCAAGAAUUACUAUUCUGUGAAACUUGUGAUACAGUUUUUUGUACAAUAUGUACAAGUGGUACACACGCAGGUACAUCACCAGGCUGUACAGAACAUACAAUUAUUCCUUUUAGCAUUGCAAUAAAACGAAUGUCUGAAAUACUAUUGUAUAAAGCAAAUGAAUGUAUAUCUAAGUUGACACAGGCUCAAGAUUCUGUGAGCACAGAACUUCAACGUUUAGAUGCUGCCAUGGAAAGAUGUUUACAUGCCGUUGAUGCCGAAUUUACGGACAUUAUUUCUAAAGUAGAAAAACGUCGUGUGGAAUUACAAGCUGCUGUUAGUGCUGCUGUUAGAGAUAAAAAACGGGUACUCGAAGAACAACAUGCCGCAAUAGAAGCGGAAAAAAAUAAAGUUGAAAGAGAAUGUGAAGGAUUGCAAUAUCAAAUCGAAGUUCAAAAUAUAACGCAACGAAUUGGAAGUUUAUCCGAUCAACUUGAUGCAGCUAUAGCACUUAGUGAACCAAGAGAGAAUGCUUUUAUCACAUUUGAAUUUAAUCAUAAUAAUGCAUCUUUUGAACUAGAGAAGGCUCUUAAUGACUUAGGAAGAAUACGCUCCAGUACAACAUUACCUGGUUUGUGUAGAGCUAGACUUAAAGAUCCAGCAAUAGUUAAACUGCAAGGAGUUGUUGUAGUUGAAACAGUUGAUUAUCAUGGUCAUCCGCGUAAUGUUGGAGGAGAUCCUAUUGGAGCAGAAUUAAUGCUAACAGAUAAUAUUCAAUCAGAUAAUCAAAGUCAAUCAAUUGAAACUGAAGUUAAAGACUUGGAUAAUGGUACUUACGAAGUACUAUUUAGGCCACCAUAUGCUAGUCGUUACAUUUUAAAAUUAUCCGUAUUUGAGAGACCUAUUAAAGAUUAUCCAUUGUUCUUUGAUGCCACGGAACAUAAUGAGCCAGUUAGAGUCUAUGGAAGAAGAGGAAAUGGUGAAAAUGAAUUUCAUCAGCCAGUCGGAGUUGCAAUAGAUGAUAAUAGAAAUGUUUAUAUUUUAGAUACUGGCAAUUCAAGAAUCAAGGUACUAGAUAGUGAUUUAGAAUUUCAAAGACACAUAAAUAAUGAAGGCUUAGAAGGACGUAGUUGUACAGGAAUCGCCAUAUCUCAGCAAGGUCUUGUAGUUGUUAAUUGGAGGACACGAAGAAUCACAGAAAUGAGUACACUAGGUGAUACAAUUCGAUCUUUCUCCCAUAAUACCUUUCAAGAACCAAUUGAUAUAGCAGUAGAUAGAAGUUAUGGGCAUAUACUUGUUGCUGAUAAUGGACAAAGUUGUGUUUUUGUAUUUGAUUCUGAUGGUAAAAUACUAUUUCAGGUUGGAAAAAGGGGCACCUUUAAAUUAAUUAAUUCUGUAACUGUUGGUCCUGCUGGAGAAAUUUUAGUUGCUGACAGUCGAAUUCAAGUAUUUUCUGCCAAGGGUGAUUUCUCUGAAGAAAUAUAUGCUGAAGGAAAAAAUAGAGGCAUAUAUGGUGGUAUUACAGUAGAUGCAGAAGGCAAAAUACUUGCUACUCGUACAGAUAAAGGUCGAAGCAUCAUUCAAGUCUUAAAGCUGGGAGGAGGUAAUAUUUUAACUGAAAUUGAUUCUCAUAGUUCAAAAUUACGACGUCCAUCAGGCAUUGCGGUACUAGCAGACAAUCAUUUAGUCGUGGUUGACUUGGGUAACGAUUGCAUAAAAAAAUAUAGAUAUUGGUAAAACUUGUUCUUAAUUAACAAAUUUCACUUCACGACUGAAUAAAAUUAUAAAUAUGCCAAAUGUUCUACAGUUUUAUUAGUUUCUAGUUUAAUAGCUUUUAAAAUUCUAAUGUUAAUCAUAUAAUGACAGUUUUGAUACGAUUUUAUAAUUUAGUCUGCUUUGUAAAUAAUUAUAUAAGACGAGUCUAAUGGUCGAAUCUAUAUAUAUUUAAUUUGUAACUUAAUUCAGAUUUUAUUGACUUGCUAUGAUAAAUUUUCUACUAAUAUCUUACGAAAUGUAACAUAUUAAUUUUGAG